UCAAUCACGAAGAUCUUAGAGAACGCUGAAAGGUCAAUCAUUUUGACCAUCUUGAUAUCUAUGUUCUAGAUGGAAGCUUUUGAAUUGGCUACGUAAAUUGUGCACGGCCUCCAUGACAUAGUCCUAACCAGUUAAGCUCCGUCAGCUCGGAAGCUGUUCCACUUGCCGCUUCGCUCUCUUCUCGCCAUCUUUCUUUCUCGCCCACAGUCGUUGUAUAACCACUCAGCUACUUGUGCAUCAAUUGCGCGUCCGCUCUCACCCAGAGCUUCAAUCACCCAAAAUGACCGCCCGCGCCCCAACCCUGCGCACCCUCCUCCGAACAACCACCACCCUCCGCCCCGCAACUCAGCCAGCGCGGCCAUUCUCCCAACUUCAAAACCAUUCGCGAUCUCGCUCGCCAUCUCCCCCACCGCCAUACGCAGCGCGCAACGUCACCUUCCUCGCCGCCCACUCCUGGACCCGCUUCCACACGCCCUACACCUACUCCUCGGUCCGCACCUUCGCAUCCACCCCGCGCACCUCCGCGUUCGUCCCACAACCGCCCAGCUCGUCCACCGCCGCCACUAAAAUCGAUGAAGUGAUGGAAGAAAUCACCGAGUUGUACGGCACCGCGCGCGACGAGUUCGAGAUCGCGGCGGAGGAGACGGAGAAGAACACCACGUAUGCGGCGGACGACCGGGCGGCGGCGAGGGAGGAGCUGGAUCGGUUGCUGGAGUAUUAUGGGGGCGUUUUGGAGGGCGAUCCCGGGGUUGCGGAGGAGGUUAAGAGGAGAGUUGGGCAGAGGGUGAGGGAGUUAGAACAGGCGGUGUUGGGGAUGGAGGAGAGUGUUACGCAUGGGGAUUAGAGGAGGUGUAUGACAUUGGCAUCGGAGCGUAGGAAAAGGUGGAUGACCGAAGAUGUACGAUAUUUUGUGGCAGACGGCCCUGAGGGCAUGUCUCGAUGUACGAUGGACAGUGAGGGAUGUAGAUGGAGAACAAUUCGGUUGUGUAUUUAGCGCUCAAUGGCACUCUACUGGAUCAAAUAUUCUACGAUGCGCUACACGAAC